UUUUACAGAAAAAGUUAGGGAGUUGUUGAAGGAAUUAAGGUUGUGGGAAGAGUUCAACUUGGUAUAGAACAUUAUUAAAAGAUCAAAAAUAAUAUUUUUAAUAAUUUAGCUCAUUUUAAAAAAUGCAACUAAUGUCCAACUACUAAAGAUUCUGCCCAUAUUUCGAUUGGCCCUCAAAUCAGACACAGACAACUACAUAAAUAACGCCGCACAUCAUAGCCGACAUCCCCUGCUUUUGGCGGCGGCUCUGUGGACCGAAAAAGAACAGCCUUUCCUCUUCCCCACCUCUCUCCCUCUGUGAAUUUCAUCACCCAGUUUAAGGAACACAGCCCUUCAUAUGGCUGCUAGACCUUUGACGCCAUUAAUGGCGGACACACCCAGCUCACUCUGCUUUUAUAAGUAGCCCGCCAGGUUUAGCAGAUGAAGACGGAGCCUCUGUUUUUAAUUCCAUUUUGUUCACACGUGUGCUCACUCCACUGAUUUGGUCUUCCUUUUCAAAAACGUCAUUCUACACUCCAAUCUCUUUGCACAUGCUUUUACAUACACCCCUUUUGAAGCUAUUUCAGAAAGAAAGUGAACAGCCAUGAAAGGCGGUGCUUUUCGCAGUUUUUUCCUCUGUUUUUCCCUGUUUCUUGCGUUCAAGUUGGUUCGUUUGAGUGUUGUUCAGGCAGCUGCAAGAGAAAAAAACAGUGGAAUUUCUUGGAUGUCGCUUCAGUCUUCUAAAACUGGUCGAGGGAUGAAUCGGGUUGGUUCAGAAUGUUCGAAAGACGAGGUGGUUGUGUUUCAAGGGCAAACAGCUCCACUUCCAGAUGGGAUUCCAUCAUUCAUAGUUCAGAUCUUAAAUUCAUGUUCUUCAGGCUGCAGCAUCUCCAACAUUCACAUGAAAUGUGGUUGGUUCAGCUCAGCCAGAUUGGUGAAUCCAAGAAUUUUCCGGAGAGUCAAGUAUGAUGACUGCCUUAUCAACGACGGCAAGGCUCUUGCUCCUGGACAAACUCUGUCAUUUCAAUAUGCUAACACUUUUCCUUACCCUCUUUCUGUAUCUUCUGUAACUUGUUCUUCUUGACUUAACAAGCCUAUGAGCAGAUAGCCCUUGUGGGACCUUAUGAAUUGUGUAUGAUCCUUUAGUUUUCUAAGAACUUCUCACAUUAUAUCAUUUGAUGAUCAACUUUCUGUGUACAAUCUGUUAUAAUCUUCUGUCAAUUGGAUGAUAUUUGAGUAAAGAACAAGUCAUUCCAUUAUUACAAGUUCAUCACAACAAGUCAUUCAUUUAUAAAAAGUUAGAUUAUUGUAA